UAAUGUUAUGGCUGCCUGAACCCUCUUUCAACUGAACUUCGCAGAGGCGUAUGACAAAGGGAGCUGGUCAAAACGCCACCUGCCAUGCUCCUUUCCAUUCCAGGUGAGACAAAGAAAGUGGGUGAGCUUUUGUAUCGACAACAACGCCACAACUCGUAUACUCCCAGCUGUUCCGUCUUCAUUCCGCUUCAUUACAUUUGACUAAAGGUGGGCCGUGUCGUUAGCCAAGCACUCCUCUGUGGUUCAACUCUCGCAAGAUGGCCAGAGGAAAACCAAGGGCCAAAUUUCCAGAAGAAUAUACAUUGGAAGGUGGAGAUGCGAGAGCGGCGCGAGAAGAGCGCGGAAAGGCUCCGCAAGCCAAGCCGCACAAGCGUGGUGGAGUUCACAAAAUGAAGGAUGAACACCUGACUGACACUAAGUGGGAUAGCAUGACUCGUGGUGAGAUGCUUUCUGCUGCUCAAGAAGACCCGACAUACAUACCAUUUUUCGCAAAUUUCAAGGCGAAGAAACAAAAAGUGAAGGACCUCCAGAAGCAUGUCCUGGCCCGGACCCUCGCCGAUGCUGAUGAGCAGUUGGAAAGGAGAGCUCAAAAAGCGAAGAGGGGGAAUGCGAAGUUGAGAGAGAACACCAGAGUCAAGGCAAAGGAAGCCGAGGAGAAAAGACAAGCAGAACAGCAGAGGAAGCUUGAGGAGAAGCUUCGGAAAAAGGAGGAGGGUCAGAUUGUGAGCGACGAGGAUGAGGAUGAGGACGAGCCGAUCCAGGAACUUCCUCAGGUCUAUCUGCAACAAGAGGACAGCAAUACCAGCGACACGACUAGCACUCAUUCAUCCGAAUCGCUUACCUACCCGCCACAUAGGCUUAGGAUCUUUGAAUGGUCGUUUGCCGACCCCCCGUCCAAUGACUACUGGAAAACACCGCGGACCUGGCCCCAGAACGAAGAGCUUCAACCCAGGCAGCUGCCUUACACACCCCUGAACGUAGUCACUAUGCAAGGCCAUGAAAUGCUGCACACGCCCGGGAUCGAUGCUAAGGACAAAGAGACUGAACCGGACCAGGUACCGGCACUCUCAGAGAAAGUCAAAGAUUUUGCUCGCAAUGGUGUGUUGAUUGGGCCACUUGAAGGUGCUUUUGUUGAGAGUGGCCAGCACUGGAGCAAGCGCACCAUUGUACAAGCAUGGAAUGGACGGAUGUACUUCAACCUACCACGUCCAGACGAAGAUCUCGCAGAGGUUUAUCGGCAAUGGAAGUCUAGGGAGGCGAGGGAGAAACGUAGAAUGGAUCGCCAGCCGUUCCACACAGCGGGUGUCCAUAAAAGAGACGACAGGCUGCAGGCGAUAAGAAAGAAAGAACAACGCAAGAUUACGAAGAAAGUGUACAGGGCUUCCCAAUGGCGCCCCACACUGGUAUACCUUCCAGCGUAUCUUCCUUCUUACUUUGAAGGCCGGUACAAUGGCCCUGAGAACACGUUUGCAGAUCGUGAUAUUAAGACUUUGUUCUAUGUCCGCUUAAAAGGCGAGAGUGUCCCAAGCUUUUUCUUUUGGGUGGACAAGGAUGACUCGAUGAAUCCUACGUUGAAGAACCCUACGAAGUCAAACACAAAGUACGAGAAGUAUCAGGAUCAGCAUCCAGGUCGCGACUCUGAGAGUGAACGGAAGCCACAUUGCCGGUCUUCAAGACUUAUUCGUGUCAAGAAGGCGGCUGGUCCCAACAGAUUACGAUCAACGAGAAAAUUGAGACAUACAACUACUUAUGACGUCGUAAUCUGGGCCAUGGAACGAGACUUGUACCGCUUUGGACUUGAUUACACCCUCAAGUUUUACCACGAUAAGUGGCUAGAUGAAGGAAGGAAGGAUGCAUGGCACACUUUGACUCACGUGCUGAGAAACCAGCUUCCGCCGAGCGGUAAAUUGCCGAUACACCCACCGGUACAGUUGGAACAUGACCCAAGUAUGAUAAGCAUAGCUGAGAAAAUGGCCCGGGUGGAAGGCUCGAAUCCAAACUCCGACGAUCCCAUUCUUCCCAUUUACAUCAGCGAUGACUGGACUCGAAACGACGGCGCGUAUUGGACAACUGAGGAACGCCCCAGAACGCCUGUCCACCAUGGCAUGGAUGCGAGGAUGCAAUACGCCACGCCCAUCUCCAGAGCAGGAAGACCGGCGUCUAGCUGGGGCACGCCCGCAUCAAGACCAACCACGCCAGACACUCCGCAUUCUCUACACCGCAGAAUCAGCGAUGUUUUCACCUGGGUGUCCACAGUCUCGUCGAAGGGAUCGCAGUUCUAUAAUGCGCCCAGUCCCGCCGCGACUGAGCAACUUCAGGAAGCGAGAGACCUCGCGCUUGACAUCAUGGCGGAUCGAGCACCCGACUACCCUUUUGAUAAUCACAUGUGGACGAUGAUGCAAGAGCGGUAUAGACUCCAGAACCAGGUGCCGGAUCAUUGUGCGAUUUGUCUGGAGGAGAUCGGUGAUGUCCCUUUUUUUGAGUAUGAACAACAUCUGAUCGACCACCAAGUGCACAUGCCCAUCCUCUGCCCCUUCUGCAGCACCCACUGGGAGUCCAUGGAUGGCGCAACCAAGGCUCACCACGUGUGGAGCCACCGGAAUGAAGCCUACCAAACAGACGCCUGGAAGAGAUACGCAAAGCAACACCCUCAGUCAGCCAGGCGAUACGCGCAGACGCCACCGGAAUUGCAAGACAACGUCGCAGUCCCGAGGAGAAAGUCCAGCGUAAGAUUCGCCCCAACGACGGUGGGCCAGCGCACAGCAUACAACGACAACGACCUCGCCCACACCCAGGGCAUCUACGCGCGGGGCUCAACGUUCGACACAUACCCUCCCGGCCCCAACACGUCCGGCUCCAGCGCCACUUUUUCAACUUGGACGACUAGAUCUUGCUCGCGAAAAAGCAGCCAGAACUCCCACAACGCCGCGGCGAAGGCGCCAGCGAAAUCUAGCAUCAAGAAGAAGAACAAGCCGAAUCUGACGAUUAUCACGGAUGCCAAUGGGCGCCGACAGGUGGACUAUAAUACAUCAUCUCUCAGGAACGUGCACCGCGAUGCGCAUGAUCCGAGGCGGAAGAGUUCGUCGGAUUCCAUGAUGGGAAGCAAUCGGGGUAUGCGGCUGUAUACGUAUCUAGAUAAUGGGGAGGGGUGGCCUAGCGACAAGGAGAUUGGUAUCAGUGGUUUUAGUGAUGUCGAGGAUGGUGAUGAUAUUGGGGGAGAUGCACGGCCGGUGUGGCAGGUGCAAGGAGGGAAGAUAGGCGCUGGUGGGGAAGUACCAGCGCAAGUUGUAAAGAUUGGAAGUGUAGAUGAGGACGGAGAAGAGGAAAGUGAGCAUGAUAGCAAUGAGGAAACUGACGAAGACGAACAGGAUGAAAUUUCACCCGACGAUGAUGGUGGUGGAGACGAUUAUGAUGAGCAAGAUGAUUUCGGGCACGAUGACCGCGGGGACCAAGAUGGCGAGGGGCCCUAUAGCGAAAGCAAUCAUGGUAGUGAUGAUAAUGACUAUGUUCUCGAGGAAGAAGAGAGUGUAAGUUAGUUGAUCUGCCAGUCUUUUAGUGACGAUGCGUCUGCUAACUAGGCACAGCCUCGGUCACCUAGGCGCAAGAGACAGAAGACGGAUAAUGAAGAGCCCGACAGUUCGCCCAAAGCGCCGACUGUCUCG